AUGAUUGCUUUCCAUGGACGACUUGGAUUUCGUCAGUACCUGCCAGCCAAACCCACUAAGUAUGGCAUAAAAGUAUGGAUGCGUGCAGAUUCUGAAAAUGGAUUCGUGAAUGAAUUCCAAAUUUACACUGGGAAGCAUGGCGAUACUAAUCAGCAUCAACAAUAUGGACAAUCCACAAGAGUGGUUCUGGAGUUGACUAAAAAGAUAGAGAACAGGCAUCAUAUUGUAAACAUCGACAACUUUUUUACAAGUUAUGAACUUUUGUCUAUCUUGAUCAGGCGCCUAACUUACGCCCGCGGCACAACCCGCUCCAACAGGAAGGAAUUUCCUGCAGCCAUAUUACACCCAAAGUGUGUAAAAAACCAGGGUGACCUGAAAGUAUUACAAAGGGGACAGAUAGCUGCAUAUGCCUGGAAAGACAAGAAGACCAUCUUCUUUUUGUCAUCAGCUGAUGAUCCCAGAGAGAAUGGAUUGCAGGUACAAAGGCGACAGAAAGAUGGUACUCAAAGACAGGUUCCUAGUCCGAGUGUUGUCCAGCACUACAACCUGAAAAUGAAUGGAGUGGACAAAGCGGACCAAACAAGGACAGAAUAUCCGACUUUCAGGAUGUGCAAGAGGUGGUGGACAUAUGUUUUCUACUUCCUGUUAGAUCUUUCGAUCGCGAAUGCCUACAUUUUGAUGAAGGAAUCUCCUAAUCACCAACUGGAGACGAAGUCUGGUCGUAGGAAAGAGAGAUCUCUUCUCGACUUCAGAAUGAAGUUGGCCAAACUACUUAUUGGUAACUACAGAAUGGCACGAAAGCGAAGAAGAGUCUCCAAUAAAGAUCUACAUGGCAUAGGUCAUUGGCCAAAAGAAAGUGUCAAAAGAGGCAGGUGUAAAAACUGCUCAAAAAACCGAAAGCGGUCAGAUGUGAAAUGGGAGUGUUCAGGUUGUGCUGCUCAUCUUUGUGUAAAAUGUUUCGAAGAGUACCAUAAGAAUCAGUGA